CACGCUUAAGUCUUUUUCUCUAGAUGAAGUCCUGGAGCUUGGUAAAUAUACAUGGUGAUUUGACUUUCACGUAAGAAAAGGAUCAUAAAUUAUAGGGCAAUUUGGGUUAGAGAUGAUUUCCUGAGGUCAUAUAGCCCAAUCCCAUGGUCAAGCUGAGACAAAUUAGAACACAGUGCAGUAUUGUGUUUGCUUAGAUGCCCUGUAGCCUCUCAGGCACCCUGUCCCAGCAUUUGCCCACCCUCAUGUGAUUUUUAAAACAAAAAAAGCAAGAUCUGUUGAUGUCUAAUCCAACCUUUUCCAUUUUCUCUUCAUUUCUUCUUGUUCGAAGUCAUAAACACUGAAGUCCUGAUUUCUCAUCCUAAGUCCAAAUUUUAAGAAGUGCAUCUCUUUCAUAGAAACAGGACAAACAGAAAUCAAGGUUUCCUUAGAACCCUAAUUCAAUUCUCCUAAUAAGAUUUUAAAGCUAUUAAAAACCGCCAUACUCUCGUUUCAUAUUCUUUCUUCUUUUUUUUUAAUGUCAUUGAAUUAUAAACAGAGCUCUGACUUGUACAUUAAAUUCUACAUUAUUUUCUGUACCAUUAAUAUUUAGUCUGUUCCAUAGUUCUAUGUAUUCUCUUCAUUUGUUUUACUUCCACAAGGAAUAUUCGUGGAUUUCUUGGAACGACUCCAGUACUCUUCGGGGCACAGGGAAUGGCAUCCCAUAAUUCAGGAGAUGUGUGUCCUGCUAAUUGGCUUUCAGAAUGGCUUUGCCACAGCGUUUGCCAGACUAAAUGUCCUUCACUGGAUGACUUUUGAGUUGAGGUUACGGUUCUUGGGAAUAGGUUGCACUGUUUUUCAUUCUUGUGUAUGUUCCUUAGGUCAUGGAGGGUUUUGUUUGGAUCUCUCUCUCCCUUUUCCUUCCUUUACUUUUUUGGGCUGCAUAUUCUCACAGCCUGCAUGAAACUUAAUAAUCGUUCUGUGAUCACAUUGCAAAAAUUAACCCUACAUUGGAAGAACUGAAUUUAUCAGAUCAAUGAAGGGUAAUCCGGUGUGCGGUAUGAUUCCACAAACCCUGAUUUUACUGAAGUUUUGUGGUAAAGACAUCUUGAUGGAUGAGAGAUAGCUGUGUUGUUUUAUUUAGUGGCAGCUCAGAGGUAGAGGAGGUAAGGGGCAGGAUUUAGAGGAGACCCUGACUGUAGUCAGAAAUGGAAUGGUUUGCUAUGAAAACAAGGUUUUGUCUGCUACCCAAACUAUUUGUGUUCAUGACUUCAUGAGCCUCAUAGGUACUGAGGCUUUUAAUGUCUUUGCUAACAGAUUUUUAGUCAUCCUUUUUGAUAUUUUACCAUUCUGAAAUGUUUGUUUGUUUUGUUUUUAUUUUUCUAGCCACCCAUUCAAAAAAAGAGCUUCUAUUCAAGCGGAAAUGGUUGCGUGUAAUGAUUUUCCAUUAAGUUAUACCCAGUAAAAGAAUGUAUGGCACUGGCUCUAGGUUACUUAUUGUUUCAUUCUGUGAUUCCCGUAGCUGAAAUUACGAAUAAUCUGUUGGAGUCAUAAGAAUUUCCUAUCUGACUUUCUGAUAUGCUGUAGGAUCCUUCAGGGAUAAAUGUUUUUCUCCCCACAUCCAAUGUCAGCUCAGUGCUUUCUUCUAGCUGAUCAAGAAGUGGAAUAUUUUUUUCCUCUUGUUUAAAUCUAGGAUUUUCUUUGUACAUUUGUAAUGAUAUAUGAUUUUGAAUGUUUUCAAUAAUAAAAAAAAAUCUGAAGUAAAGAAGGUAGAAUCACUUUUUUUUCCUGUUUUUGAAAAAUUUUGUCCAAAUCUAAGGACUCUGAAGUUAAGGAACUGCAUCAGUAUGUCAAUUGUAAUGGUAAAAAACAAAUACGGACUUACUAAUUAACAUGAUGAAAAUACUUGUGGGCUUUAAGCUAACGUAGUUGAGUUUUGCUGAACAGAGGCUCCAACCAAACUCCACGAUAGUGAUAUUACACUUCAGUAGACUGCAGUUCGUAGGUAUAAAUGAUCUGACUUCUUUGAAGGUGCAGACCUGAGCAUCUCUAAUGGAGUUGGAAAACAAGUAAGAAUUCCUUAUGCUGAACAGACAGGCUCUCCGUUAUUUGGCAGAGUGCCGUGCCAACAGAGAAAAGAUGAAAGGUGAAUUGGGUAUGAUGCUCAGCUUACAGAAUGUAAUACAAAAGACCACUACGCCUGGAGAGACUAAACUUCUGGCUUCUGAAGUCUAUGACAUCCUUCAGUCUUCCAACAUGUCAGACAUGGACAAUGUGAAUGAAAUGAAUUACCGUCGAAGGAAAGCACAGUUUUUCCUGGGCAGCACAAAUAAACGUGCUAAGACAGUGGUUUUACAUAUAGAUGGCCUUGAUGAUUCGUCUCGAAGAAAUCUUUGUGAAGAAGCUUUGCUGAAAAUUAAAGGUGUUAUUAGUUUUACAUUUCAAAUGGCUGUUCAGAGAUGUGUGGUCCGAAUUCGCUCAGACUUAAAAGCAGAGGCUUUGGCAACAGCAAUAGCAUCAACCAAAGUUAUGAAGGCACAGCAAGUUGUAAAAAGUGAAAGUGGUGAGGAGAUGCUAGUUCCGUUUCAAGAUACUCCAGUGGAAGUAGAACAGAAUACAGAUCUACCUGAGUAUUUACCAGAAGACGAAAGCCCUAGUAAGGAACAGGAUAAAGCAGUGUCUCGUGUUGGGUCACAUCCAGAAGGUGCAGCAAGCUGGCUCAGCACAGCAGCAAACUUUCUAUCUAGAUCUUUCUACUGGUGAACUUGUAUUUGGUGUUAAAAGACUGUGUGAGCCAACAGGGGGGCCAGUUUUCCAUUGGUGUGGUGAACUGCCAAGUGCAAUUUGCAAUAAAUUAUCACAAAAAUUUUAGAUUACGCAAAUGUAUGCUGCAUUUUACAUUUUAUUGGACGUUUGACCUGAUAGGACAGGGGUCAAAGGACAGAGGCCUCCAAUCAAAUUGUUCCUUUAUUUGUUUUUCAUGUAGAUUUUAUUGCUUCACUUUUUUAAAGAAAUGGGUCCACUAUUACAUACCAAACAUUUAUGUGUAUAGAGCUUUAAGUUUGACUUCACAUAGAACACAUGAUAGGGAGAAUCCAUUUAACUUCAGACUCAGGGCCUCUGUGAAUGAAAAUCGUAAUGGCUAAAUGUGUAUUAAGUAAAAUGCUCUUUUUAUUUCUGCAUCCCUUAGGACUAAUUUGAUUCAAUUUUCUGUAUUCUGACUAUAGAGAAAAAAAAUAUAUAUAUAGUCUGCCUCUCUUUUUACCUUCAUUUUUGCCAACCCUUUUCACAGAAUGAGCAUGAUGCUCCCUUUUUGCUCUUAAGCUAGCAUCACUACAUACUUGAAAUUUAUAACCGUUUUAUGUGUAUUGCUUUUUUUUUUCAGUCUGAAUUUAACCAUUGGAGUGCUUGAGAUUAAGAAAUAAGGGAUUGAGUAAACACAAGAAUGUGUACAUACAUUGUACAGUAAAUAAACUAGAACAUAUUUGUAAUGAUGGGUGUGACUGGGUCAUGUAUAUAAAUAAUAAAUACCACUGACUGCUCUUCAGGCUAGUUGGGAAGACUGUAGCAAAAAAGCUGUGGUCUAAGGUAGUGACAGCCUAUUGCAGCUCUGUCUGAAGAGGGAUGGAGGCUGUAUUUGGUUGAGAAAUGGUGUUCACUGUUAGGAAAUAUUUAAUGGUAACUGAAACUUAAUGAACUUGAAGAAUAAAGCAGAACUGAAUGCCUCUUUUGCCACAGUGCCACUCAUAAAUUUAGACUUUAAUAACCCUUUUUAUUUUGUUUUACCUAACAGACAUGACAUGUAAGUUCUCUCCUCUGGUCUUCAUGAGGUUCCCAUAGAAUUACAUCAGCUUGGACAGGCUUAAAAACAUGUACAAACAAUUGGCUUUACCUUGUUACUUACCGACAGUAUAGAUUUAAAGAUGUCUUUGUAAUUUAUGUGACCAGAAAUGAUAAUAAAAGCAAAACUUCUGUAGAUAAAGACUAAUAUAGAUCUGAGCUGUUAUUAUGCACUGUGUGCCUGAGAGGAUUCAAUACACAGUGCUUGAAAACUGCAGUGCUACGGCUUUGUUGCACUAGAGAAGUACAGCUAAGAACUUUAAAUAAUAAUAUAAACCUCAUUAUCCAGUGCUUUUUUUUUUUUUUUUUUUUUGGUGGUAAUGUAUUUGCUAUAUUGUUAACUUUUUUUUUUUUAACCACCUUGGAGACUCGGAGAAAAAGUUUAAUGCAUCAAAGUUAUUCCCCUGUGCCCGUGCACAAGGAAUAAAGGAAGUUCACUGGCUGCUAUAAUACUACAGAAAUGCAGAGGGAUGGUAAUGUAAAAUAAUAACACAGAUCAGAGUUCACCCACCCAAGUUAUUUGUCAUUCUAGGACAAAAAAAAAAAAAAAAGAAAAGAAAAGAAGCUUGUUGGCAGACUAGGUGUCUCAUGUUUUUUAAUAUAACUAGUUUAUUUUUGAUUCAGGUUUACACGCACAGAUUGAAAAUACAGGCUUUUCGGGGCAUGUAUUGCUUUAAAUAUGUAAUACUACUCUCAUUGCUGUCUAGAAUGUUACAGUACCAAAUGUGUUUAAAAAGUCCUCUGUUCUAUAGCCAUGAAUGCAGAGUUUGUUUUUCUGCAUUAACAUCUGUUUGCAUUUGCAUUGCUGCACAUCUAUUUACUAAAAGACUACACCCUUUGGAUAUUAAUGGUUCAAUACCAGUAGGUAUUAAGUUUGUUUGUGCAUUCGGUCUGUAGGUGUGCUUUUAUGACAGUAUUGCAGCUCUUGUAGAACAGUUUAAGGCAUCUGUAAAAGUUUUUGAAAUAUAUUGUAAAAUAAUAAAGGAUAAUAUAACUAAAAA